AUGCAGGAAAGCGAUAGCACCCCCUUGCUGACUGAUCUUUGUGCUAUCUGUCACGCGAAUCCGAUCAAAUACACCUGUCCACGAUGCGGAAUACACACAUGCUCUCUGCCUUGCGUCAAGCGUCAUAAAACCUGGGCCCAAUGUUCUGGCAUUCGGAACCCUGCCGCAUAUCGCAAGCGCGCCGACCUGGCAACACCGGCCUCGGUGGAUCAAGACUUCAACUUCCUCACUUCUGUCGAACGAUCACUACAACGCGCCGAUGACCUCGUCUUGGAGAAAAACAUAAAAUUAGCCCCUAGUGGCACCAUACGAGGCGGGAAUGAACCCAAGCGAAAAUUCGAGACCGAGGUUCAGGAGAGGGGAAUUCGACUGAUCAGAGCUCCACAUGGACUAUCUCGAAACAAAGAGAACAAGUCGCACUGGGCCCGCCAAUACAAAUGUAUCAUGUGGACAACUGAAUGGCUAUGCUUUGAUGGGAGGAAGAGGUUCCAAAACGUCACUGAGUCGAGAACGGUCGGAGAGGCCUUCGUGAACAUCUUUGGCAAAAAUGCACUUCGCAAGAAGCGCAAGCGGAGCGAUGCUCAAAGCACAAUUCGGCCAGUGACCCAACCUGACGUCCAGCAGACUUCUGUUUCUACAGAAGCGAUCGAGGGGCCUGGCAGUUCAGAAAGGAAGGCCGAAACUUCCGACACUGGUCCCGCUGACGAGACACAGUCACCACCCCAGUCCGGGGUGAUUGAGCCUGACGCUAUAUCUGAAACACCAGCACAGCUGACAGAUGCCUCACAACUACUACGAAACCUGCAUUUUUACCUGCUCAAACCUCACACUAUGUCGAAACUGCAAUGUCUGAUACCGGUCUCUCAUACAUCCACUCUUACGGAAGUGCUUCGUGACAAAACCAUACUCGAAUUUCCAACCUUCUACGUCAGAGAAGAAGCUCCUGGAAACCUGCCCGAACCUUACAUCACCGAACAAAAAUAUGACGAAUUGUAUGGAUCCGAGGUCAUUUUGGACUUGCCAGCAUAUGCUCCAAAAGACAAAGUCGAGGACGAAGAGAACAGCCUGUUGCCCGACAUCGACGAGAACAAGGUCUUGGAAGUGCUCCAGAAAGAUCUUGCAGGUUGA